AUGGCUCAAUUGAAUCCGUUUUCUACCGGCUGUCCUCUUUGGACACAGCAUGGGUUGAAUGCAAUGACACCACCAUCGCCACCUGUGCCUACUACUACUGCUGUGCCUGCAAGUUUCACCGACCAGUUUAACACUUUGAUUGAGCGUGCUUGUUAUCUGCAGUUCCAAGGCUUUAAUGAAGAGAACAAUGUCGAGCUUGCUCAAAUCAUGCAAAUCAUCAAAGGCUCUGAUAUGACAACACAACAACAUCAGCAAUAUCAAUCCUCGGUCAACGCUAUGUCCGCAGCAGCACCAUACAUUAUACCUUCUCAACAACGACCUGUACAAGAAUCUUCUUAUCCUUAUGAUACUCUAUACCCACAACAACAACAAGUCGCUAUCACUGAACCACCACAGCCACCCGCCUCUGUCAUGCAAGAUAAUGCCAUCUUUUCAUGCAUUCAGCUCGAGGCACUCAAGAAUCAGAUCUUUGCUUUCAAGUUACUUUCUCGGCAGAUGCCAAUACCAUCACAUAUCAUGCAAGCUGUUCUGCGACCUCUUCCAUGUAGUAGCAUGUCAACAACAUUCAUCAUGACACCAACACCAACACCAACUACCCAACAACAACACCAAUUACCACCCACACCUAUUGAGGAAAUGAAGCCAUCAUCUACUAUGGACGCUUCUACCAUUGUCGCCAGUCCACCCAUGUCAAAGUCCUCAUUCGAUGAACGAUCCACAUCAUCACCUCCUACGACGACCACCCAACAACAAUCAACAACAAUGUACUACAAUGCCUAUGCAUCACCUUACAACUUGUUCAAGACACCCAUAUCAUCAUUCAUGCAUGCCACGAGUCAACAUCGUCAAAUGGUGCCCAGCGUUCUACCUGUGGGUGUGGAUCCGCAACAAUUGUAUGAAGGACGAGAACAUGCAGUCCAUGAUUUGAUGCAAGGUCGCUAUGAAGAACUCUUGGAUUGGGCACAACAACAAGCAUGGAUGGUGCUAGAUCCUCAACAUUAUUAUGGUUCCAUCAAAGCAUUGAUUGAGCUCAAAAGCUUGAAGCUGGCAAACCGUCAAAAGCAGUUGCGUGAGGAAAUCGUGUAUGGUGUGGAUCAAUAUACAUCCAAUCUGGCUGCGACAUCGCGUGUGGCCAUUCAUCGGUACAAGAAACCACGAUCCAUCCGAGAUGCGCGCAUGGUUGAGAAGAUUGAACGUCAGCAACAUGAGGAUCAGCUACAGCAACAACAAGAGUCACGUGCACAAUACUUUCAUGCUCUCCAGCAACGUGCAUUGAACAUCAAGGAACAUAAGGAUAUACAGCAAAGACGCCAUAUAAGCUUGGGUCAAGCCGUGCUUCAAUACCACCACUAUGCUAAACGAGAGCAAUUGAAACGAUCAGGCCAAAUCACUCGUGAAAGGAUGCGUGCUCUGCGUAAUGGUGAUGAGGAUACCUACAUCGAGUUGAUUGAUAAGACCAAGGAUACACGAUUGGCACAGAUCCUGGAGCAUACCGAUGCCUUUUUAAAGUCACUUGCAACUGCCGUCUUGGAUCAACAAGCGAGACAAGGAUUCAGCUAUGCCAAUUAUCUCGCAAGAGACCAUUGUGGUGCCGGCGGGGGCUCGUCCAUGGAUGACCAUGAUUAUUUCAAGGUGGCACAUGGGAUUCAAGAGGAUGUGAGCCAACCCAGUUCACUUGUAGGAGGUGAAUUGAAAAAGUAUCAGCUCAAGGGACUUCAAUGGAUGGUGUCAUUAUACAACAAUCGUCUCAAUGGUAUCCUUGCGGAUGAAAUGGGCCUCGGCAAGACAAUCCAAACAAUCGCCUUGAUCACCCACUUGAUUGAGAGCAAGAGAGUCAAUGGUCCUUAUUUGAUCAUUCUUCCAGUGUCGACAAUGACCAAUUGGGCGAUGGAAUUUGAAAAAUGGGCUCCUUCAGUGAAGACGAUCAUUUACAAAGGCCCGCCUGAUGAACGCAAAAAGCUACAAAACGACAUACGACGAGGCGACUUUCACGUGCUGCUUACGAGCUAUGAAUACAUCAUGAAUAGCAAGGAUCGACUUUUAUUGAGCAAAGUGCAAUGGUUGUAUAUGAUUGUGGAUGAAGGCCAUCGGAUGAAGAACACCAAUUCAAAGUUGACAACCACGCUGCGACGCCAUUAUCAUUCCCAAUACAGACUCAUUUUGUCGGGCACACCACUUCAGAACAAUUUGGGUGAGCUUUGGUCAUUGCUCAAUUUCAUCCUCCCGAGUGUCUUUAAGAGCGUACAGUCUUUCGAAGAGUGGUUCAGUGCUCCUUUCAAUGUCCAAGGUGUCAACGUCAAGAUUGAUUUGAAUGAGGAGGAGAAGCUCUUGGUGAUCAAGCGACUUCACAAAGUACUACGACCCUUUGUUUUGCGACGACUCAAGCAAGACGUUGAAUUGGAGCUUCCUAGCAAGGUGGAACGUGUGGUCAAGUGUCGCAUGUCAGCUUUGCAAAUCAAGUUGACUCAACAUAUUCAAAAGAGCGGCUUACGCCUUGCUAUACCCUCCAGUGAUCCUGCCGCGAAAGGAAAGUUCAAGCAUUGGUCCAACGCCUUGCAACAGCUACGCAAGAUUUGCAACCAUCCUUUUGUGUUUCGAGAAGUGGAGAACGUGAUCAAUCCAAGCCAUGAAUCCAACGAGUUGUUGUAUCGUGUAUCAGGCAAAGUCGAGUUAUUGGAUCGCAUUCUACAAAAGCUGCAAGCCACCCAUCAUAAGGUCUUGAUCUUUUUCCAAAUGCCCCAGAUCAUGAAUAUUAUUGAAGAUUACAUGCAUUAUCGUGGCUUUCCUUACUUGCGACUGGAUGGCAACACAAAGAGUGAUGACCGUGCACAACUUCUUCAAGCGUUUAAUGCACCCGAUUCUACCUACUUUGCAUUCCUGCUGAGUACUCGUGCUGGUGGUUUGGGCAUCAAUUUACAAGCAGCAGAUACGGUGAUUCUUUUUGACUCGGAUUGGAACCCACAACAAGAUUUACAAGCUCAAGACCGUGCACAUCGCAUUGGGCAAACGCGAGAGGUGUUGAUAUUGCGACUCAUUACAGCCAACUCGAUUGAAGAGGAAAUUGUGGCACGUGCCAAUCACAAAUUGGAUAUCGAUGGCAAAGUCAUUCAAGCUGGGAAAUUCGAUCAUCGAAGCACUGAGGAGGAUCGUGAAGCAUUUCUGCGAUCAUUAUUGGAGCACAAAGAGGAUGAUAUCGUUGGCAAUCACGAUUAUACGGAUAACGACGAGCUCAAUGCCAUCCUUACACGUUCAGAACAAGACCUUGCCAUCUUUGAGCAAAUUGAUGCACAACGUGAGCAGCAGGAGAAUGAAUAUUAUCGUCGUCGUGGUCUUCGUGGUACUCGUAAACCACACCGUUUGAUGCAAGAGGAUGAGCUACCUGGCGAUUUCCUUAACACGGUGUCCAUUAUACAAGAUAAUGCCAUGUCACCAACACAACCACAACCACCAGCAAUCGAAUACAGAAGAAAUCAACGACGACAACUCCUGAACGAGAUCCAACAUGACGAAGGGUUAACAGAAGAAGAAUGGUUUAAAAAGCUGGAGGCGAUCAAGAAUGCAGAAAUGGAAGAUGAAGAAAGAGCGUCGACAAAGCAUUCAUCAGCAAAGAAAAAGGGGAAGCGACGUCGAUCAUCAUCAGAAGUAUCCCUACCAGAAGCAAAAUCCAGGAAACGGGAUGUCAUUGAUUUCAGCGACAAAGCCAUUGCAGAACGAAAAAGAAAACGUGAGCUACAGGAGGAGUUUGCAUUGCAAGGAUCAGAUUCAUUACCUGCUGUUGUUCGACAAGAAAUGACGCAUAUCUUUGACAUUUGCUACCAAGCCGUUGAAGAUGCCACUGAAAUUGAGGAGGAUGAUGAAACGAUCUUGUAUCGAAAACGAAGUGAUCUAUUCAUGGACUUGGUGGAUGAAAAAGAGUAUCCUGCGUAUUAUGCAACCAUCCGAAAUCCGAUUGCCUUGAACAUCAUCAAAAGAAGAAUCCACUCGCCCUACUACAAAUCCGUUGCCGACUUUCGCCACGACUUUCAUGUGAUGUUUGACAAUGCUCGUAUCUUUAAUGAGGAGGAUUCAGUCGUAUACCAGGAUGCCAAUGAAAUGCAGAAAAUAUUUGAUGGUCUUCUGGCUCAAUUGUGCCCGCAUGAUAUGUUGCCUUCAACUAUGGCGGCUUGUGGAAGAACAAUGUAUAAUGCACCCACUCGUUAUUAUUCACCACCACAACACCAACAAGAAGCCAACAUUGUGCCGCAACAAGAAGUCUAUCCCGAUGAAUCAUAUGAAGACGAUGACGAUGAUGAUAAGGAUGAAGAUUACUACGAGUAG